ACUACAGCUUCAGGUACAUAAAGGGGACGACAAAAUUUAUGAGUAAACCUAUGCAUCUCACAAUAAACCCCAAUCCUUGUAAGGUUCACCUUCAAGUUUCAAAAGAGUCACAGAAAGACACUUUCAAAGAACAUGACACAGUGACUCUGCAGUGCUCAACGUCAGCCCACUGUCAGUCUUACCCUGAAUGGCACGGUUCCAGCUCAGCUGAGAUCUCAGAGUCUACCAGAGAAGAUAAAGAUGAAGGUCAGGAAAAAGUCAGUGAGCUGCAGUUGAAAGUGACCUGGAUGGACGAUGGAAGAACUUUGUCAUGUCGUCCACCAGGAAGCACAGAUGACUGUCAGGCCACAAAGGUCACUCUGGCAGUGGAAUAUGCACCCAAAGAAACAAAGAUAACAGUGAGCUCUGAGGAUGUGAAAGAAGGAGAAACUGUCACUCUCUACUGUUCCAGCAAAGCACAUCCUAAUGCUUCCUACAUGUGGUUUAAAAACAAUAUAUUGUCCCAGUCUACUGAAGAGUAUACACUGAAUGAUGUAAAGCCAGAAGACAGUGGAGAAUAUCGCUGUCAGGCCUCAAACUAUCACGGGAAAGAAGAUUCUACUGUCAUGAUCAAUGUUAAAUAUGCUCCUAAAGGUGUUCAAGUCGAGGUGGAACCCAGUGAUGUUAAAAAAGGAGAUGAAGUCAGACUGACAUGCUCAGUGCAGAAGAGCAAUCCAGACGUUCUACAAUAUUCCUACAGAUGGUACAAAGAUAAUAAAGAGCUUCAGGAACACAGCAAUGAAUUAUAUAUUCCAAAUGUAACACCAAGUGAUAACGGAUGGUAUCACUGUCAGGCCAGGAAUGACAUCGGAUCUACAGACUCUACUCCAACUGUGAUAUCUGUGAAGUAUGCUCCAGAAGACACUUCCAUUCAAGGCCCUUCUGAAAUAAAGCUGGGUUCAGCUCUUCGCCUCAGCUGUUUCUCUAAUGCCAGUCCUGAGGCUGAUCAUUAUUCCUGGUAUUAUAAAUCAGAAGACAUGCUGGAGUAUGUUGUUCUUUCACACACGACUCAGGAGUUUCGGAUUGAGAAGGUGGCUGUUGGAGAUUCCGGAUGUGGCUCAGAAACAAAACAAAAGCAAAACAAACAAGCUGAAUUGUUUUAUUUUUCACCAGCAGCUGAUCACUUUGUGAACCACGAAAGAAUGUGUCCUGUCUGGAAGCUUCUCCUUCUACUGGUCACCUUGUGUUUACACAGUUCACUAACAACACCACAAGAGUACGUGACCAUAACGGUGGAGACUGUCACAAGAGAGGAGGGAUCAUGCAUCACCAUCAACUGCAGAUACAGAGCUCAGGAAGACAUGCAGCAGCUCUGGUUUAAGGAUCCUAAGUGGAAUGAAACUGAAAAGAAGUUUAAUGGGAUCAUCGUAUAUAGUAACACAGAAGACCGUCCACAGAGUCCUGAGUACUCCAACAGAGUGGAAUACCAGGGGGUUUAUGAAAGGUUACAUUCAGCUUCAUGCACAUUAAGAAUAAACCAUCUGCAAAUGAGUGACAGUGGAAACUACAGCUUCAGGUACAUAAAGGGGACGACAAAAUUUAUGAGUAAACCUAUGCAUCUCACAAUAAACCCCAAUCCUUGUAAGGUUCACCUUCAAGUUUCAAAAGAGUCACAGAAAGACACUUUCAAAGAACAUGACACAGUGACUCUGCAGUGCUCAACGUCAGCCCACUGUCAGUCUUACCCUGAAUGGCACGGUUCCAGCUCAGCUGAGAUCUCAGAGUCUACCAGAGACGAUAAAGAUGAAGGUCAGGAAAAAGUCAGUGAGCUGCAUUUGAAAGUGACCUGGAUGGACGAUGGAAGAACUUUGUCAUGUCGUCCACCAGGAAGCACAGAUGACUGUCAGGCCACAAAGGUCACUCUGGCAGUGGAAUAUGCGCCCAAAGAAACAAAGAUAACAGUGAGCCCUGAGGAUGUGAAAGAAGGAGAAACUGUCACUCUCUACUGUUCCAGCAAAGCACAUCCUAAUGCUUCCUACAUGUGGUUUAAAAACAAUAUAUUGUCCCAGUCUACUGAAGAGUAUACACUGAAUGAUGUAAAGCCAGAAGACAGUGGAGAAUAUCGCUGUCAGGCCUCAAACUAUCACGGGAAAGUAGAUUCUACUGUCAUGAUCAAUGUUAAAUAUGCUCCUAAAGGUGUUCAAGUCGAGGUGGAACCCAGUGAUGUUAAAAAAGGAGAUGAAGUCAGACUGACAUGCUCAGUGCAGAAGAGCAAUCCAGACGUUCUACAAUAUUCCUACAGAUGGCACAAAGAUAAUAAAGAGCUUCAGGAACACAGCAAUGAAUUAUAUAUUCCAAGUGUAACACCAAGGGAUAGUGGAUGGUACCACUGUAAGGCCAGGAAUAACAUCGGAUCUACAGCGUCUACUCCAACUGUGAUAUCUGUGAAGUAUGCUCCAGAAGACACUUCCAUUCAAGGCCCUUCUGAAAUAAAGCUGGGUUCAGCUCUUCGCCUCAGCUGUUUCUCUAAUGCCAGUCCUGAGGCUGAUCAUUAUUCCUGGUAUUAUAAAUCAGAAGACAUGCUGGAGUAUGUUGUUCUUUCACACACGACUCAGGAGUUUUGGAUUGAGAAAGUAGCUGUUGGAGAUUCCAGAUGGUAUAUGUGCAGUUCCAGGAAUGUUAUUGGUGCAGGAUCAAACUCCACUGCAUUCAGAGUUCACAUACUUUAUCCCCCAAGGCGACUUAAUCUGAGCAUGGCAGAUGUUGUAAGAGAGACUGAACUGCUUAACAUCUAUUGUACUGUAGAAAGCUAUCCUGAGGCAAAGAUUACACUGAGCAGAACUUCUCACACACUCGAAAAGAGAGUAGUGAUAGUGAGUGAAUCAUACAACAAGCUCACUUUCUCUGGAAAUGUGUCUGAGUCAUAUGCGGGUGAGUACACCUGCACAGCAGAAAACUCAGAGGGAAAAAACUACACAAAACAACAGCUGAAGGUUUUGUAUGCUCCUAAGGAUGUUAAGGCAUCGGUACAUCCAAGCGAAGGGCUGAAAGAGGGAACUGAACUAACACUCAAAUGUGAAGCUCAUUCUGAACCCAGCGUGUCCAAGUAUUCAUGGGAGAAAUCAUUCGGGACGGCCACAAAGACAAUAGGACGGGAACAGAAACUAACCGUGCGUUCACUUAAUGUGUCUGACGCUGGAAAUUACUUCUGCACUGCCAGCAAUGACCUCGGCACAAAUCAGUCUGCAUCAGUACAGAUCAGAGUCAAAUAUCGCCCACACAUUACAAUUAUCCAUAACCUGACCUCCAUGGGUCUGUGGGAUGGGAAGGCUCCAGUCCAGCUGACCUGUAAAGCAGACUGUUAUCCACCAGCCACAACCUACAAAUGGUACAGGAAGGACGACAACACAGAAAAAUUAGUGGCAAGUGAUCAGAACUACACUGUUCAACCACAAGACCCAGGAAUCUACUUUUGCUACGCCAGUAAUGAAAUAGGAGAAUCUACAUCUGAGCCAGCUGAACUAUUUGGGUUCUUUCAUCAAAUACUUCUUCAGAUCCUGAUUUCUACAUUCAUCAUCUGCAUUCUGAUUGGUGUCAUAAUUCUAGUGCACAGAAUCUUCAUGAGAAAGAGAUCAUCAGAUGGAGCAGUUAGCCAGUCACGCUUCUUUGCUGUUAUCCCUGCUCGGUCUUCUAGAGUCUCAAACUUCUUAUUGGGCUCAUGGAACAACACUAGAGAGAACUUGAUGAUGGCGGACGAGAUGGAUUCUUGGCGCAACUCAGGCAACCAGUCAGCUACUACAACACACACUGAUAGCUCAACCAACAGACACAACCUAGCAGAAAGGCCAGUUGUCAACAUUCACACAGUGUAUGAUGCUAUAAAGCUUCCACAAACCAUACAGGAUGGUCAUCACAAACAGAAGGAUUCAACCACAUCCGCUGUGAACUAUGCUAAUCUGCAGAUCAAGGAUCCAACUAAAAGUGUAUGCAGCAGUGAUGGAGGUGGAGCUGUGUAUGCUGUAGUUUCAAAAAAUAAGCAAAAGACAAAGGUGAUGCAGGGUGAUAAUGAAGAUUAUGAAAACAUAUCUGGUGCUAAUGCUGCACGGCCUGAUUUUUCCAACAUUAUCUGGGACUCAAGCAGUAGUGAAGAGGAAGAGGAACUGAAUUACACCCAUGUCACUGUCACUGGAACACCACAGCAUAAACCCCAGCACACUGGAGGGGAUUCCAGUUCUGAUGAGGAAGAUCGGACUGAAUAUUCUCAAGUCAAAAUGUAAUAUUAAAUGACCAGUAAUCCUGUUUAUGUCUCAACCUUUUGUAUAGUAUGCACACGAUUCCUGAGGUGCACAAACACAGUUUUGAAGGUGCUGGUCAGCAGAAUUAGGGGAAGAGAGGAUCUGAGGGAAAAAUUGCUUUCAUUGCUUUUUUUUUCAAAACAACUGUGUAGCAAAAGUGCUGUGUGUGAUAUUGUAAUGAUGUUUAUAGCUGAUAUUGUACUGUGUAAUCACUGGAAAUUAGAUGGUCUGAUGGUUUCAGGUGGGAUUCACUAACUAAAUCUAUGUUAAAUAAAACAAUA